AUGCAGGUGAUCUGGGAGUGUGCAGAGAGGUUCCCUAGAGGAGUUGAGAUUGCUGUGCAUGGCUUCAAAGGCACUCAUCACCUCCCUCCUUCCCUUGCUGGUCCUUCCUGUAGACAGCCAUGGACCGACUAUGAAAUCAGGAUCUUCAUGCAGGAGUGGAAAGUAGUGGAAAGGAUCACUGGGCACCCAGGCAGCAAGAUCUGCCAGAAGAGCUGGGCUCUUUACCAGCGACUCAAUGGGCAUCAGGGCCUGAAGAAGAGCUGGGAAAGCUGUGUGGACCUGUUGGUGACCCUGCAGAAUUGGCACAGCAGACUGUGCAAUGUGAGAGGAGACACCAUACCCUUGUUUUCUCCUUACUCAGAAGACCUGUCCAGCAUCCUGGGCCACUCCCCAUGGGAGUGGAAAUUGGACAUACAGCCAUGGACUGACAACGAAAUCAGGAUCUUCAUGCAGGAGUGGCAAGUAGUGGAAAGGAUCAUUGGGCACCCAGGCAGGAAGAUCUACCAGAAGAGCUGGGCUCUUUACCAGCGACUCAAUGGGCAUCGGGGCCUGAAGAAGAGCUGGGAAAGCUGUGUGGACCUGCUGCUGACCCUGCAGAAUCUGCACAGGAGACUGUGCAAUGGGAGAGGAGACACCAUACCCUUGUUUUCUCCUUAUUCAGAAGACUUGUACAGCAUCCUGUGCUGCUCCCCAUGUUAG